GACGUAAACCGCAGCAGCAACGAGCGUGUUGCGGCCCUGUUUCCUGCCUCGGCGCACACUCGGAAAGAACGAAACGCAGCGGUAAAACAGGGCACAAUCACCGUGCGAGCGAGAGGGCCUCUCAGGACCGUUUAUCGACUUCCACGCUCUCUGCAAAAGACACACACCGACCGAUUCCGGGAGCACAGCUUACAGAGACGUCGUCGAGACGCCACUAGUGUCGAAGGAAGAAUAACCGGAGCAACCCACUCACAGGUGGCCCAUUGUUACAGGUCUCACCGCUGUCUUGCGCGCGCCUACACACGCCGGUCCCAGCCGGACCGAAGGCCGAGUCCAAGAGGGCCACAGUCGACCGGAGGAGAGGGUGGCUGGCGGUGGCGCGCUCGGCCGAAGUCGACGAUAAGCCCGAGUACGAUGGCCGGCCACUAUCAACGCCUCGAGGCGGCUAUCGCAGACGCGCUCCUGGCACCCAGCUGCCGGCCAUUCAAGACGGCUCCCUCAAGCGUCAGGCGCGAACGGAACGUCAAGUUCUACACAGGCUGGAGCCCAUGGGUGUACUCCAACUUCCUGUCACCGAACGAAUUAGACGACUCCGGAUACCACAGCCUGUCUCGCAAGCCCUUCGGGGAGACACCAGCCAAGGCUCCACAAGCGGGUUCAAGAAAAGAGGAAGUCAGAGGCAUCAGGCAACGGUUCCCAUCUAAGAUACCGGUGAUUGUGGAACGCUAUGCCAAAGAAAAAAACCUUCCACUUCUAGACAAGACAAAGUUCCUGGUUCCUCAGGAGCUUACCAUGUCCCAGUUCGUGUCCAUUGUGAGAAACAGACUUCAAAUCAGCGCCUGCCAAUCAUUCUACCUGCUUGUCAACAACAGAAGUAUGGCCAACCUGUCCAAGACCCUGUCUGACGUUUACGCAGAGUUCCAUGACGAAGAUGGCUUCCUCUACAUCACAUAUGCCUCCCAAGAAAUGUUCGGCCUUUAGAAGUAGGACCACGAAUAAUUACGUGCAUUUUUCCCCCAUACUCAUUGUUCAAGGCACUUCAGUUUAUUUACAAACCUCACCAACAUUAUCAACCUGCUCCAUGCUACUUUGCGAAACCUAGCAACAGGUACGCUUUGCAUAGUACGACUAUCUGCACCUGUUUGAACCUUUGCCAGUGCAGCCCAGCGAGGAGACACUUCACAUUUCCUGCUUGCAGAAUCUCACAUUCAGAUAACAAGUACAACAGCCACUCUGCCUUCUGAAUGUUUCACCACAUCUCUUCAUCACCCUGUGUUUUACUUGCUGCGUGCGUACAACAAAUAAAGAGAUAUUAUAAUGUUUGC